GCGUUAGGUCCCGGAAGUGGUGGUGCCAACGGCCCUGCAGGCCUGUAGCUGUUCUAGCGCCCGCCGUGUUCUCCAGGGCUUGACUUUUGUCUGAGACAGAAGCCCCUUGGCUUCAGGGUUGUCUCGUAGGGGAUAAAGUCGGAGGAGGUGAACGGACGGACCCCUUAAAGGCGCCAGUAAGUAAGAUGGCGAGAUGGACCGGAGAGAGUGGGCCGAUCGAUAGCGCAGCGCUCGGUGCGGCGUCCUUUGCGCGUGCGCAAUGAAGGUGCGCUCGGAGUGAUCAAUCGGGCAGGAUUCGCGCCUCCAUUUUUCUAGCGGAGAGCAGGAGAACGUGAGAACCGGACAAGCGGCUGACAGGGAAAGUGUCUUCCGCGUCUUCAAGAUGUACAGAACCAAAGUGGGCUUGAAGGACCGCCAGCAGCUCUACAAGCUGAUCAUUAGCCAGCUGCUGUAUGACGGCUACAUCAGCAUUGCCAAUGGCCUCAUCAACGAGAUCAAGCCGCAGUCUGUCUGUGCGCCCUCAGAGCAGCUCCUGCAUCUCAUCAAACUCGGAAUGGAAAAUGACGAUACUGCAGUUCAGUACGCAAUUGGUCGCUCAGAUACGGUUGCCCCGGGCACAGGAAUUGACCUGGAAUUUGAUGCCGAUGUCCAGACUAUGUCCCCAGAGGCUUCAGAGUACGAAACCUGCUAUGUCACAUCCCACAAAGGGCCGUGCCGUGUCGCUACCUAUAGUAGAGACGGGCAGUUAAUAGCCACUGGGUCCGCUGACGCUUCCAUAAAGAUCCUCGACACCGAAAGAAUGCUGGCCAAAAGUGCCAUGCCCAUAGAGGUCAUGAUGAAUGAGACUGCGCAACAGAAUAUGGAAAACCACCCAGUGAUUCGGACUCUUUACGACCACGUGGAUGAAGUCACGUGUCUCGCCUUCCACCCAACAGAACAGAUCCUCGCCUCUGGUUCAAGGGAUUACACCCUUAAAUUAUUUGAUUAUUCCAAACCAUCUGCAAAAAGAGCCUUCAAGUACAUUCAGGAAGCUGAAAUGUUGCGCUCCAUCUCCUUUCACCCUUCUGGAGACUUUAUACUUGUUGGGACUCAGCAUCCGACUCUUCGGCUUUAUGAUAUCAACACAUUUCAGUGUUUUGUCUCCUGCAAUCCCCAAGACCAGCACACCGACGCCAUCUGUUCUGUCAAUUACAAUCCCAGUGCCAAUAUGUAUGUGACUGGUAGCAAGGACGGCUGCAUCAAGCUAUGGGAUGGUGUUUCAAAUCGAUGCAUCACAACUUUUGAGAAAGCGCAUGACGGUGCUGAAGUCUGUUCUGCCAUUUUUUCCAAAAAUUCUAAAUACAUUCUUUCAAGUGGAAAAGACUCUGUAGCUAAGCUCUGGGAAAUAUCAACAGGACGAACGCUGGUCAGAUACACGGGCGCCGGCUUGAGCGGGCGGCAGGUGCACCGGACGCAGGCCGUCUUCAACCACACGGAGGACUACGUGCUGCUGCCUGACGAAAGGACCAUCAGUCUGUGCUGCUGGGACUCGCGCACGGCCGAGCGCCGGAACCUGCUGUCGCUGGGCCACAACAAUAUCGUGCGCUGCAUCGUGCACUCGCCCACCAACCCCGGCUUCAUGACCUGCAGCGACGACUUCAGAGCCAGGUUUUGGUACCGGCGGUCAACCACGGACUAGCGCUGCCCUCCUCACAGAGGGUUCUGUCCUUGAGGACUCUGCCCCUCCUGCCCCCACCCCUCCACCGGGUCCCGUCACCAGCCUCAGUAGUAAGUCAUCGAACCAUCUCUGGCAGUUGGGCUGCCACCUCUUGGAUUUGUACAAAAGAAUCUUUUUUUACCUUGAUGUAGAAUCAUGGUGGAAAAAGCGGGAAUCGCAGAUCUGCGCAGUUCUGCAUUCACUGAUUAUUACAGUGUGAUUUUCAUCGGUUUUGUAAAUACAGGACUUGCCAUUUCUCUUUCUAGAUCUCAAGUGGAUCUGUCGGGAGGAAUUUUCAUUGGGUUCUUUGUCAUCUUUGGUGCCUGUUCCACUUCCUCUGUGUCUGUUUCCUUUCAUAAGACAUUUUAGCGGAUAAGUAGGCAUACCGCUCUGAGAAUCAAGAGUUUUGUACCAUAGUAAAACCAUUUUAGAGACUCUAUCAGUUCUAUUCUAAAAUGACAUCAUUCUGAAAAUAAAGCUCAGAUCUGCAACUUCACUGUUACACAUUUUUCACUUCAAUAAAAUUAAUGGGCAGUUUUCCUGAAAAAGUGACAGGAGACAUCUUUCAUCCUCCUUCCCACAUUAUGCUCUCAUUACCUCGAUGCUUAUCUUCAGUAAAUGUAUUUCUGCUAAGAUUGUCACCACUUGGUGGGAAACAUAAUUUUGGAGAUUGGUCCAGUCUGAUCGAAAUCAGGUGAGCCCACUGCUGCUCUCAGGUGUUGCUUAUCUUCCCAAAUAAUUAAUGUCGAUGGACUUUGUUCUUAUGUAAUUUUAAAUCUUGUUUUUCAGCCUGAACUAUCACUACUCAUCAUGGUUGCCCACGGCAACAUGUUCUCAGAAGAUUUUUUAUAAUAAAACUGACUCAAGUUUUCUUUUUCUUGGAACUUUUCAGGAGGUGACAUUAGUUCUCUGGAUUUGGCUCUAGCUAGGUCAGAAAACCCUGAAUUUCUCCUCCCAGGGAUAACUUAGGUUUAUCUUUAUCCCCAAAUACAAAUACCUCGUGAUCUGUGUAGGAGUACCUAGAAAUAGAAUCUGGGAUCAUUUGAUCAAAAUAUUAAAUAGAUUAAAGUAAUCGUUUUGUGUUAACAGGAAUUGUAAAGUCCUCUGAAGUUUAUUGCAUAAAAAUUCAACUUUAGUCAUCACCUUUAAGGAUCAUUCUAGCCCUUUGGUCUAUAAAACCAUUUUAAGCAUUCUUAACAUGUUAAAUCGCAGGGUUUUGGUUCAGAUUUACAGCGCUAUAUUUUUUAGUCCAUAGUGAGUAAAAUUUGUUUUUAUUUUGUGCCCUCAUUCCCUAGUAUUUGAACUUGGCCGUCUGUGAGUGCUGCUGUUUUUGUCAGACGAAGAGAAACCUGAGUCGGAACAAGGAUAACCGAUCCUACCAAAAAAUUACCAAACAAAACCUCCCACUUUUUGUCCCUUUUCUUUUGCUUUCAACCUGUCCACCUGUAAAGGAGAGCUUUAACUUUCUGUAUUCUUCUGGCACAUGCACUAGAAUGACCACACAGCUCCUCGUAAGUUCCACUGGAUCUUUUUAACUCUUCCUGAAUUAAAAUGAUAAUUCCUAC